AUGGCUACUCUAAAGUGUUUAAUCCUCUUCGCUUUAGUGACAGCCACCUUAGCUACAGGACAGGACACACGCAGCUGUGCCUGUCCCACCACCGCUAGCCCCACUACUAUCGAAACCAGCACAGAUCCGACCAAAUGUCAGCGCGAAGCUGGUGACGAGCUGCUUACGGAUGUCAGUCUUCUCGCCAUCGUAGUGGCAGGAAAGCCAACCCUCGACAGAACCUACCCAGGCUACAAGAUAACCUGCAUCAGGAGCUACUCCAUUCUUGGCAGUUUGCAUAAUCUGUUAAACAUUAGCAUUGGUAGGGGCGGAUACUACUGCAACUCAGUUCUGCUAGAAGUAAACGUCGGCCUUGCCGGCCUUCUUGGUCGUUGCCAGGUCUACGGCAGAAGGCUGAAGGAUGGCGAAAUUGAUGGCUGCUCCUCCGGUAGUGGAACCACUGCCAGUGUCGCUACUCUCAGUCCACCCACGCCCACCGUGCCCACUGGAACCAGCACAGAUCCGACCAAAUGUCAGCGCGAAGCUGGUGACGAGCUCCUUACGGAUGUCAGUCUUCUCAAUAUCGUUGUGGCAGGAAAGCCAACCCUCGACAGAACGUACCCAGGCUACAAGAUCACCUGCAUCAGGAGCUACUCCAUUCUUGGCAGUUUGCACAAGCUGUUAAACAUUAGCAUUGGUAGGGGCGGAUACUACUGCAACUCAGUUCUGCUGGAAGUGAAUGUCGGCCUUGCCGGCCUUCUUGGUCGUUGCCAGGUCUACGGCAGAAGGCUGAAGCAAGGCGAAAUUGAUGGCUGCUCCUCCGGUAGUGGAACCACUGCCAGUGUCGCUACCGUCAGUCCACCCACGCCCACCGUCCCCACUGGAACCAGCACAGAUCCGACCAAAUGUCAGCGCGAAGCUGGUGACGAGCUCCUUACGGAUGUCAGUCUUCUCAAAAUCGUAGUGGCAGGAAAGCCAACUCUCGACAGAACCUACCCAGGCUACAAGAUAACCUGCAUCAGGAGCUACUCUAUUAUUGGCAGUUGGCACAAUCUGUUAAACAUUAGCAUUGGUAGGGGCGGAUACUAUUGCAACUCAGUUCUGCUGGAAGUGAAUGUCGGCCUUGCCGGCCUUUUUGGUCGUUGUCAGGUCUACGGUAGAAGGCUGAAGGAUGGCGAAAUUGAUGGCUGCUCCUCCGGUAGUGGAACCACUGCCAGUGUCGCUACUGUCAGUCCACCCACGCCCACCGUCCCCACUGGAACCAGCACAGAUCCGACCAAAUGUCAGCGCGAAGCUGGUGACGAGCUGCUUACGGAUGUCAGUCUUCUCAAAAUCGUAGUGGCAGGAAAGCCAACCCUCGACAGAACGUACCCAGGCUACAAGAUCACCUGCAUCAGGAGCUACUCCAUUCUUGGCAGUUUGCACAAGCUGUUAAACAUUAGCAUUGGUAGAGGCGGAUACUACUGCAACUCAGUUCUGCUGGAAGUGAAUGUCGGCCUUGCCGGCCUUCUUGGUCGUUGCCAGGUCUACGGCCGAAGGCUGAAGCAAGGUGAAAUUGAUGGCUGCUCCUCCGGUAGUGGAACCACUGCCAGUGUCGCUACCGUCAGUCCACCCACGCCCACCGUCCCCACUGGUACCAGCACAGAUCCGACCAAAUGUCAGCGCGAAGCUGGUGACGAGCUGCUUACGGAUGUCAGUCUUCUCAAAAUCGUAGUGGCAGGAAAGCCAACUCUCGACAGAACCUACCCAGGCUACAAGAUAACCUGCAUCAGGAGCUACUCCAUUCUUGGCAGUUUGCACAAGCUGUUAAACAUUAGCAUUGGUAGAGGCGGAUACUACUGCAACUCAGUUCUGCUGGAAGUGAAUGUCGGCCUUGCCGGCCUUCUUGGUCGUUGCCAGGUCUACGGCAGAAGGCUGAAGCAAGGCGAAAUUGAUGGCUGCUCCUCCGGUAGUGGAACCACUGCCAGUGUCGCUACCGUCAGACCACCCACGCCCACCGUCCCCACUGGAACCAGCACAGAUCCGACCAAAUGUCAGCGCGAAGCUGGUGACGAGCUCCUUACGGAUGUCAGUCUUCUCAAAAUCGCGGUGGCAGGAAAGCCAACCCUCGACAAAACCUACCCAGGCUACAAGAUAACCUGCAUCAGGUGCUACUCUAUUAUUGGCAGUUGGCACAAUCUGUUAAACAUUAGCAUUGGUAGGGGCGGAUAUUACUGCAACUCAGUUCUGCUGGAAGUGAAUGUCGGCCGUGCCGGCCUUCUUGGUCGUUGCCAGGUCUACGGCAGAAGGCUGAAGGACGGCGAAAUUGAUGGCUGCUCCUCCGGUAGUGGAACCACUGCCAGUGUCGCUACUGUCAGUCCACCCACGCCCACCGUGCCCACUGGAACCAGCACAGAUCCGACCAAAUGUCAGCGCGAAGCUGGUGACGAGCUGCUUACGGAUGUCAGUCUUCUCAAAAUCGUAGUGGCAGGAAAGCCAACCCUCGACAGAACGUACCCAGGCUACAAGAUCACCUGCAUCAGGAGCUACUCCAUUCUUGGCAGUUUGCACAAGCUGUUAAACAUUAGCAUUGGUAGAGGCGGAUACUACUGCAACUCAGUUCUGCUGGAAGUGAAUGUCGGCCUUGCCGGCCUUCUUGGUCGUUGCCAGGUCUACGGCAGAAGGCUGAAGCAAGGCGAAAUUGAUGGCUGCUCCUCCGGUAGUGGAACCACUGCCAGUGUCGCUACCGUCAGUCCACCCACGCCCACCGUCCCCACUGGAACCAGCACAGAUCCGACCAAAUGUCAGCGCGAAGCUGGUGACGAGCUCCUUACGGAUGUCAGUCUUCUCAAAAUCGCGGUGGCAGGAAAGCCAACCCUCGACAAAACCUACCCAGGCUACAAGAUAACCUGCAUCAGGUGCUACUCUAUUAUUGGCAGUUGGCACAAUCUGUUAAACAUUAGCAUUGGUAGGGGCGGAUAUUACUGCAACUCAGUUCUGCUGGAAGUGAAUGUCGGCCGUGCCGGCCUUCUUGGUCGUUGCCAGGUCUACGGCAGAAGGCUGAAGGACGGCGAAAUUGAUGGCUGCUCCUCCGGUAGUGGAACCACUGCCAGUGUCGCUACUGUCAGUCCACCCACGCCCACCGUGCCCACUGGAACCAGCACAGAUCCGACCAAAUAUCAGCGCGAAGCUGGUGACGAGCUCCUUACGGAUGUCAGUCUUCUCAAAAUCGUAGUGGCAGGAAAGCCAACUCUCGACAGAACCUACCCAGGCUACAAGAUAACCUGCAUCAGGAGCUACUCUAUUAUUGGCAGUUGGCACAAUCUGUUAAACAUUAGCAUUGGUAGGGGCGGAUACUACUGCAACUCAGUUCUGCUGGAAGUGAAUGUCGGCCUUGCCGGCCUUUUUGGUCGUUGUCAGGUCUACGGCAGAAGGCUGAAGGAUGGCGAAAUUGAUGGCUGCUCCUCCGGUAGUGGAACCACUGCCAGUGUCGCUACUGUCAAUCCACCCACGCCCACCGUCCCUACUGGAACCAGCACAGAUCCGACCAAAUGUCAGCGCGAAGCUGGUGACGAGCUCCUUACGGAUGUCAGUCUUCUCGAAAUCGUAGUGGCAGGAAAGCCAACCCUCGACAGAACCUACCCAGGCUACAAGAUUACGUGCAUCAGGAGCUACUCCAUUCUUGGCAGUUUACACAAGCUGUUAAACAUUAGCAUUGGUAGGGGCGGAUAUUACUGCAAUUCAGUUCUGCUGGAAGUGAAUGUCGGCCUUGCCGGCCUUUUUGGUCGUUGUCAGGUCUACGGUAGAAGGCUGAAGGAUGGCGAAAUUGAUGGCUGCUCCUCCGGUAGUGGAACCACUGCCAGUGUCGCUACUGUCAGUCCACCCACGCCCACCGUCCCCACUGGAACCAGCACAGAUCCGACCAAAUGUCAGCGCGAAGCUGGUGACGAGCUGCUUACGGAUGUCAGUCUUCUCAAAAUCGUAGUGGCAGGAAAGCCAACCCUCGACAGAACGUACCCAGGCUACAAGAUCACCUGCAUCAGGAGCUACUCCAUUCUUGGCAGUUUGCACAAGCUGUUAAACAUUAGCAUUGGUAGAGGCGGAUACUACUGCAACUCAGUUCUGCUGGAAGUGAAUGUCGGCCUUGCCGGCCUUCUUGGUCGUUGCCAGGUCUACGGCCGAAGGCUGAAGCAAGGUGAAAUUGAUGGCUGCUCCUCCGGUAGUGGAACCACUGCCAGUGUCGCUACCGUCAGUCCACCCACGCCCACCGUCCCCACUGGUACCAGCACAGAUCCGACCAAAUGUCAGCGCGAAGCUGGUGACGAGCUGCUUACGGAUGUCAGUCUUCUCAAAAUCGUAGUGGCAGGAAAGCCAACUCUCGACAGAACCUACCCAGGCUACAAGAUAACCUGCAUCAGGAGCUACUCCAUUCUUGGCAGUUUGCACAAGCUGUUAAACAUUAGCAUUGGUAGAGGCGGAUACUACUGCAACUCAGUUCUGCUGGAAGUGAAUGUCGGCCUUGCCGGCCUUCUUGGUCGUUGCCAGGUCUACGGCAGAAGGCUGAAGCAAGGCGAAAUUGAUGGCUGCUCCUCCGGUAGUGGAACCACUGCCAGUGUCGCUACCGUCAGUCCACCCACGCCCACCGUCCCCACUGGAACCAGCACAGAUCCGACCAAAUGUCAGCGCGAAGCUGGUGACGAGCUCCUUACGGAUGUCAGUCUUCUCAAAAUCGCGGUGGCAGGAAAGCCAACCCUCGACAAAACCUACCCAGGCUACAAGAUAACCUGCAUCAGGUGCUACUCUAUUAUUGGCAGUUGGCACAAUCUGUUAAACAUUAGCAUUGGUAGGGGCGGAUAUUACUGCAACUCAGUUCUGCUGGAAGUGAAUGUCGGCCGUGCCGGCCUUCUUGGUCGUUGCCAGGUCUACGGCAGAAGGCUGAAGGACGGCGAAAUUGAUGGCUGCUCCUCCGGUAGUGGAACCACUGCCAGUGUCGCUACUGUCAGUCCACCCACGCCCACCGUGCCCACUGGAACCAGCACAGAUCCGACCAAAUGUCAGCGCGAAGCUGGUGACGAGCUCCUUACGGAUGUCAGUCUUCUCAAAAUCGUAGUGGCAGGAAAGCCAACUCUCGACAGAACCUACCCAGGCUACAAGAUAACCUGCAUCAGGAGCUACUCUAUUAUUGGCAGUUGGCACAAUCUGUUAAACAUUAGCAUUGGUAGGGGCGGAUACUACUGCAACUCAGUUCUGCUGGAAGUGAAUGUCGGCCUUGCCGGCCUUUUUGGUCGUUGUCAGGUCUACGGCAGAAGGCUGAAGGAUGGCGAAAUUGAUGGCUGCUCCUCCGGUAGUGGAACCACUGCCAGUGUCGCUACUGUCAAUCCACCCACGCCCACCGUCCCUACUGGAACCAGCACAGAUCCGACCAAAUGUCAGCGCGAAGCUGGUGACGAGCUCCUUACGGAUGUCAGUCUUCUCGAAAUCGUAGUGGCAGGAAAGCCAACCCUCGACAGAACCUACCCAGGCUACAAGAUUACGUGCAUCAGGAGCUACUCCAUUCUUGGCAGUUUACACAAGCUGUUAAACAUUAGCAUUGGUAGGGGCGGAUAUUACUGCAAUUCAGUUCUGCUGGAAGUGAAUGUCGGCCUUGCCGGCCUUCUUGGUCGUUGCCAGGUCUACGGCCGAAGGCUGAAGCAAGGUGAAAUUGAUGGCUGCUCCUCCGGUAGUGGAACCACUGCCAGUGUCGCUACCGUCAGUCCACCCACGCCCACCGUCCCCACUGGUACCAGCACAGAUCCGACCAAAUGUCAGCGCGAAGCUGGUGACGAGCUGCUUACGGAUGUCAGUCUUCUCAAAAUCGUAGUGGCAGGAAAGCCAACUCUCGACAGAACCUACCCAGGCUACAAGAUAACCUGCAUCAGGAGCUACUCCAUUCUUGGCAGUUUGCACAAGCUGUUAAACAUUAGCAUUGGUAGAGGCGGAUACUACUGCAACUCAGUUCUGCUGGAAGUGAAUGUCGGCCUUGCCGGCCUUCUUGGUCGUUGCCAGGUCUACGGCAGAAGGCUGAAGCAAGGCGAAAUUGAUGGCUGCUCCUCCGGUAGUGGAACCACUGCCAGUGUCGCUACUGUCCGUCCACCCACGCCCACCGUCCCCACUGGAACCAGCACAGAUCCGACCAAAUGUCAGCGCGAAGCUGGUGACGAGCUGCUUACGGAUGUCAGUCUUCUCAAAAUCGUAGUGGCAGGAAAGCCAACUCUCGACAGAACCUACCCAGGCUACAAGAUAACCUGCAUCAGGAGCUACUCCAUUCUUGGCAGUUUGCACAAGCUGUUAAACAUUAGCAUUGGUAGGGGCGGAUAUUACUGCAAUUCAGUUCUGCUGGAAGUGAAUGUCGGCCUUGCCGGUCUUCUUGGUCGUUGCCAGGUCUACGGCAGAAGGCUGAAGCAUGGCGAAAUUGAUGGCUGCUCCUCCGGUAAUGGAACCACUGCCAGUGUCGCUACUGUCAGUCCACCCACGCACACUGUCCCCAUUGUUAGCCCUACUACCUCCAGCGUCACUACUAUUAGCACUACACCUUCCUACACUAGCAGCGAUCCAAGAAAGUGCCAGCGCGAAGCUGGUGAUAAGCUGUUAACUGAUGUCAGCCUUUUAAGUAUCGUUGUGGCAGGAAAGCCAACUCUCAACAGGUCUUAUCCAGGCUACAAGAUCACCUGCUCUAGGUGCUACUCUAUUCUUGGUGGUUUGCAAAAUCUGCUUAACAUCAGAGUUGGUAUUGGUGGAUACCACUGUAACAAAGUGCUGCUGGAAGUGAAUGUCAGCCUUUUCGGCCUCCUUGGUCGUUGCCAGGUCUACGGCAGGAGGCUUAAGGUUUUAGACGCAGAACUAAAGAACAGAUCCACAGCCCAAGCUGCAAGGACAUCUAGACUCAGAAGACUCAUCGCUGAAGGCUCCUGCUCGAGCAUACUAAGCACUCUCUUUAGUACACUUAAACUCGAUAAUAUAAAUAACUAUUACACAAUCAUAGGAGAUCUCAACUCGAGACAUCAUAACCUGGGCGACUCGGUCUCUAACAGCAAUGGCCUUGAACUCAGAAAUUGGCUUACCAAUAAUGAAAUAAAAUAUAACACAAAAACAAUCACUAGCCUUGAACCUACGUUUCCAAGAUCGAAUGUCUUCUUAGAUAUAGCUAUCACAGAUAAUAGACUAAACUCACUUAACACAAAUUUAGAAACACUUAACUACGAUAAUUCACCGCUGAGGUUUACAAACCCUCUAGAACUUAAGUCAAUGCUCAAGCGUAUGAGCAACAAAACCUCGACUGGAUUAGAUUAA